AUGGCGGACGCGCGUCUGUCGGACAAGGAGCUCUUUGAGCUGAAUGCUAAAGCUGCACCGCUCGUGAUCUUGGAAGAUGUGAAGUUCCCGUCGUAUAAUGAGAUUGUGUCGUUGACCCUGCCUGACGGCACACGCCGCGGUGGCCAAGUGCUGGAAGUGUCGGGCAACAAGGCCAUUGUACAGGUGUUUGAGGGCACGUCAGGCAUUGAUGUAAAGGACACCCAUAUCGAGCUUACAAAGUCAUCAAUGAAGCUGCCAGUGUCGGAAGACAUGUUGGGUCGUGUGUUCAACGGCUCUGGUAAGCCCGUGGACAACGGACCGCGCGUAUUUGCCGAGGACUUUCUAGAUAUCAACGGCUCUCCCAUCAAUCCCUAUGCACGUGCAUACCCUGAAGAGAUGAUUCAGACAGGUAUUUCGACAAUUGACACGAUGAAUUCCAUCGCGCGUGGUCAAAAAAUCCCAAUUUUCUCAGCUUCCGGUCUGCCCCACAACGAGAUUGCCGCUCAGAUUUGCCGACAGGCUGGCCUGGUUAAGAAGCCAGGUAAGGGCGUGCAUGACGAUCAUGAAGACAAUUUCACGAUCGUGUUUGCAGCGAUGGGUGUGAACAUGGAGACGGCGCGGUUCUUCAAGCAAGACUUUGAGGAGAACGGCUCGCUGGACCGUGUGACUCUGUUCCUAAACCUAGCAAAUGACCCGACCAUCGAGCGUAUUAUUACGCCACGUCUUGCGCUCACGACGGCCGAAUACUUUGCGUAUCAGCUUGAGAAGCAUGUCCUUGUUGUGAUGACAGACAUGACGUCGUAUGCGGAUGCGCUCCGUGAGGUGUCGGCUGCGCGUGAGGAAGUGCCAGGCCGUCGCGGUUAUCCAGGUUACAUGUACACGGACUUGGCGACGAUCUACGAGCGUGCAGGUCGUGUCGAGGGCCGCAAUGGUUCGAUCACACAAAUUCCCAUUUUGACCAUGCCAAACGACGACAUGACGCAUCCCAUCCCCGACUUGACGGGCUAUAUUACUGAGGGCCAGAUCUAUGUGGACCGCCAUCUGCACAACCGCCAGGUGUACCCGCCGAUCAAUGUGUUGCCUUCGCUUUCACGACUGAUGAAGAGCGCCAUUGGCGCAAAGCACACGCGUGUGGACCAUGGCGAUGUGUCAAAUCAGAUGUAUGCGGCCUAUGCGACGGGACGCGAUGCAGCGUCUAUGAAGGCGGUCGUCGGUGAAGAUGCUUUGAGCAACGAGGAUAAGCUUACCCUUGAGUUCAUGGAGCGUUUCGAAAAGGAAUUUGUUGCACAGGGUGCAUAUGAGACGCGCACCAUCUUUGACUCGCUUGAUAUUGGCUGGUCUCUUUUGCGUAUUAUGCCGAAGGAGAUGCUGAACCGAAUCAGUCCGAAGAUUAUCAAGGAGUUCUACUCGCGCAAAGCGAAGCACACGGACGAGACAGAGUCCAGUGCGAAACAAAGCGACUCGAAUGCAGCAUCGGCGGACAAGUAA